AUGCGGGAGGCGAAGUUGGAGCCUGACAAGGUCAGCUACAGUGCAGGGAUAAGCGCAUGUGAGAAGAGUCUGCACAGGCGGUGGGCUCUGGCGCUAUUCAGCGAGAUCUUGGAGGCGAAGGUUGAGGUCGACGCCAUAUCUUACAGCGCUGUGAUCAGCUCGUGGGGGAAAGGUGGCCAAUGGCAGCAGGCUUUGGCGUUGCUGAGCGAGAUGCGGGAGGCGAAUCUGGAGCCCGACGUCAUCAGCUACAAUGCUAGGAUCAGCGCGUGCGAGAAUGGGGGGCAGUGGCAGCGGGCUUUGGCACUGCUCAGCGAGAUGUGCGAGGCAAGGCUGGAGCCCGACAUCAUCAGCUACAACGCUGGGAUCAGCGCGUGCGAGAAGGGUGCCCAGUGGCAGCGGGCUCUGGCGCUACUCUGCGAGGUAAAUGAAGCGCAGCUGGAGCCCGAUGCCAUCAGCUACAACGCUGGGAUGCUAGCGUGUGAGCACAGCGGGCAGUGGCAGCAGGUAUUGUCGUUGCUCAGCAAAGCGAAGGAGGCAGGUUUGGAUACGAAUGCUAACAUGUACGCUACUGUGACCAAUGUAUGCGAGAUGGGCGGGCAGUGGCAAAAGGCAUCGUCAGUCCUCGAUGACUUGCUGUUGAAGGUUGGGCGCUGCUUUGUCGAGUAG